UGUCAAACGGCGCUCUUCUCUCACACUUCGGAGCACAUCAUCAACUUCUGAAAGGUGAGGAAAACAGGGUUGAUUUCUUCUCCAGUUCAUCGGCCGCAGAGGCUCCCAGGACGGCCGACCCAAUGGAGAAAUCCAAAAACUUUCGCAUCGACGCGCUUCUGGCAGUCGAUACACCAAAGGCGCAGACUUCGCCGCUGGCACUUGUGACUUCCCUGUCCUCUUCCUCCGCAUCUUCCUCUUCCAUCCCGUCGUCUGGGAGCGGAGCUGCCCCGGACCUCACAGCGGCCGCCGAAUCGUUACGCGCCGAGACGCCGCCGUCUCCGCCGAGGAUUUCCACCUGCGGGCUGAUUCCCAAACCGGGGUUUCUGAACAGCGCGCACGGCAUGGUGGGACUACACCCGCAGAGCAGCGCGGGGAUCCCGGCUCAGGCUCUCUACGGCCAUCCCAUGUACACAUACUCCGCCGCUGCGCUCACGGGCCAACACCCCGCACUGUCCUACUCCUAUCCGCACGGCUCGCAUCAUCACCACACCAGCGACCCCAUUAAACUGACAGCCAGCACCUUCCAGCUGGAUCACUGGCUGCGAGUGUCCACAGCUGGGAUGAUGCUGCCAAAGAUAUCCGAUUUUAAUGCUCAGACGCAGUCAAACCUGCUCGGAAAGUGCAGAAGGCCCAGGACGGCGUUCACCAGUCAGCAGCUGCUGGAGCUGGAGCAUCAGUUCAAACUGAACAAGUAUCUGUCGCGACCGAAGCGCUUCGAGGUGGCCACGUCGCUCAUGCUCACCGAAACUCAGGUGAAAAUCUGGUUCCAGAACAGACGCAUGAAAUGGAAGAGGAGCAAAAAGGCCAAAGAGCAGGCCGCCCAGGAGGCCGAGAAGCAGAAAGGCACCAACAAGAGCGGCCAGGAGAAAUCAGACGGACUUGAACAGUCAGAUUAUCACAGCAAGACGGACUCAAAAAACGGCAGAAUAAGAGACUUCAGAGACAGCGACGACGACGAAGGCGACAGUUUCUUGUACAACUCGUCGGACUGCUCUUCGGACGAGGAGCGCAAUCACAACAGCGACGCCAGUCCGCAGCCUUAACUGAGCUGACUUUCAGCUGACUGACUCUGGGACGUUUCAUUGUAAAAAAGAAAAAUAAUGCAGCUGCAUGUAAUCCAAGAAUUUUCCUGUACGAAAUUCGCAAAAAAAAAAAAAAAAAAUGACGCUGAUGUUGAAAAAAGAAGCAAUAAAUCAGAAGACCUGCAUUUUAUUUAGGCUAUGCUCAUUGCGCACCCAUAGAUACUGCAUGAAGCCUAGAAUGGGUCAGAAUUGGCGAAAUUCUGCAGUUUGCUUUGGUUUAUCCGGGUAAAGAGACCAUAAAACAAAAUUAUUCACAGCAAUAUGACAAAUUAAACGGAAAAUUAUUUUUCUAUAAUGUAUUUAUACAAUAAAUUGCUCAUAGAAAAAAAAUGCAUGCUAAAAAUAAUUGUUUGACCUUUAUCUUCCUGCAAAUAAUGUAAAAUAGAAUGUUCUUUUUAACUUAAAAUUAACAUCAGGUAAUGUUUCGGCGUACUCCUUUCCCCCCCUUCUUUUCGGAAACACAGAGGCUCAUUCAUGAUUUACAGGGAGUGUUUGAGUCCUGUGUUCCCUCUCUUUGCUCUGACAGCUCGGGUCAUGGGAAUCACUGUUAAUAGCGUUGUCGGAUCUGUGCAAACGGGCAGUGAGAGCAAACAGCGAGCAGGCAGUCAGACAGGAAACAUUUCACACCACACCGACAAUAGGCUCGUAUUAAUACACCCUUUAAAAAGCAGGAAAACAUGCUGCUGGAUAGUUUCAUGCAGACUGAGAUUUUAAGGUAAGAUCUGUAGCUAUAAUCUGUGAUAUCGGCUUAAAACUUAGUUUGUAAAUGUAAGAAAUUAAAAAACAACCCCCCCCCCCCCCCAAAAAAAAAACAACACAUAUGCGUUUCCAAUUUAAAGAUAUUAUCCAGUGGCCUCACAUUGUAGUUGACAUUAAUAAGCAUUUCUUAAAAAGUGCACAGAAGAUAGAAAGAGAUAUUUUUGCUUGUGUGCAUUUGGGUCGAUGACAUCACAAGUGGCAUAAGAAUCGCUGAUCAGGCAAUAUUAAGAAUAUUUAUGGCACAGGAGUUACAAUUAUUAAGUAGUAAAGGGUUUAACUUUACAUGUUAGUGCUAGAGUUUGACUCUUGUGACAACAAAGUAAUGGUGGAGAACACCCUGAGCAGAAAAGCUGACGCUACUGUUGGGUACAGGAAAAAAGUAAACACGUCUGAAUCUGGAAUUUCAGCAUGAAUGUGAUUAUAAUAGCAGAAAAAGACAGAAAAGCACCAGAGGAAUCAAUGACACUUGUGGUCAGUUACCCUUUGUGAUGUCACCAGAGGUAAAGACUGUUUUUGGAAGUGUGCAUUUUAGCUUCAUUUAAUGGUGAUUUACAACUAAACAAAAUAAAUGAACUGACCAUGAUGUUGCUUCAUAGAUAAUAAAUUAUCCCUAAAGAUUGUUUGGUUGAUUUCACAAAAAAAAAAAAAAUCUAGCAGGUAGGUUCAAAAUAUGAGUCUUUUACUUUAGUAAUGUUAUUGUCUGAAAGCGUUCGUUUUAGACUUUUGUCAACUUUUAAUACGACUUUACAGUGAACUCCUGAUAUGUUGGUGCAAUGCAGCAGACUGAAAAGAUUUUGUGUUCCUGCAGUGAUCACUGUUAAUCGACAGCACCGGAGAGAUCUUUGCACCAUUUAUACCAGGUUUACCGAGUAAUCUGUUGAGCUGUUUGCUUUAGCAGGCUAACUUAAAGUUCAGCUUAGGGUCAGCAGGCAAAAAUCAAGCUGUAGUGGACUUACAGAUCUGUUUAUAAUAGUGCGGCUCUAAAACACUGUUUUCCUCAAAAAAUAAUUGCACUAAAAAUUGAUGCAUACACUACUAUAUUCAUUCCCCCUAAACUUGAAUUUUGUCACAGUACAACUUUGAUGUAUUUUAUUCGUUGACAUAAAGUUGAGGAUGACUGUGAAGAAGAAGGAUAAAACAUUUUUAAAUUAUAUAAAUAUGUUUGUGCUUCAAGUUUUCUGCAGGAUUUCUUGCAGGAUUUAACUGUAUUUUCCAUUAACAUGGACCAGCUUUGACUUCAAUGCUGAAAAACACCCAUCCCCACAACAUGAUGGUGCCACCACUGUGCUUCACAGUAGGAAAGGUGUGUCCAGGGUUACUUAGCGACAGUUCUUUGCAAGAGACAUAACUUACUGAUUUUGUGACUUCUUAAGUCAACUAUUGUAUGUUUGUUUAAAUUAGGGGUACCAAAAUAAAUCUGCUCUGAAAACUAUAAAUUCUUCUUUAUUUGUGAAGAACUUUCAAAAUAAUUGUUUUCAUGUCCUUUAACCACAUCACAAUAAAAAAAUUGAAAAGGUGUUAACACUUUACCUUCUAAUAUUUUUCUUUUAAUAUUGUGUACAUCACUGAAUGUUUGGCUUUAAAUGGAAAAAGUUCGACCUUCCAUCAGCAGCAGCCUACAUCAUGUACUGACAAACACUUGAUCUGGUUGACCCGGCCUGUUCCUGACCCCCAGGGCUGCCCGCUCUACGCCUUUAGAAUAAUACAGGCAUCGACAGAGCUAAUUUAUAGGAGCAAGUAUCAAAUGUAACAGAAUGACUCUGCUAUGCAAACCAUGUGGGAAAUAUACUGGUGUCAGCAGGCGAACAGGACAGGCCAUAUUCAGCGUCCCCAAGUCAAUUUAUCAGGGCAUGUAAACGCUGAAGAGCAAUGCCACAACCUCUUAGUGUUCAGGUCAAAACACACGGGAAAGCGGAAAAUGUCCACAAUGCAGACAGUUAAAGUUCAGUUGAGUUUUACAUGUAAAAACAAAUAUUUUGCUAGGAAUAAAAAUAAUACACACAAUAAAGUCAAAC